UGUUAUACCAUACCUAACCUAACUUCAAAACAAACUGGGUUAAAUUUUUGCUCGUAUGAAAUAUAGAGUGUAUAAUAUAACAAAAUAGCCACCAAAUGCUUCCAAAUCGUAGUAUAUAAUAAGAUUUCAGAUUAACUCUAGUUACCCACCCAAUAAGAACAAUAUCUCAACAUGUCAAACCUUCCAAGACCUUCAUGUGAGGAUAGCUCCGAUGCUAAGAAGGGUAGCUGUUUCGCAAAAGCGCUUGACUGGUAUACAAAGGAAAGAAAAUUUUGCCCGACAAAAAAGAAACAGAAGGCACUGAAGAAUCGCCAGGAUAGAAACUGUUGUCCGACGUAUGCGCAGAGCAGACCGUGCAUAAUAGAACAAGGAAAUAAAUUGAGUCGACAAAGUACAGUAGAGGCCUCUCAGUCAUACCCCGUGGAGAUAAACCUGUCUUCAUUCGCCAGCUGGCUCGACUGCAAGUACCAGGAGUAUAUUAGAGAGCAACUGGAGAGAAAGGGACAAAUUAAAACCACUGAAACGGAUUGCCGGUGUGGUGAAGCCAAAGUUGAUAAGGAGUAUGCCUUUCAGCAGUUUCAGCUUUAUACGAUGAAGCAGAAUAAUUCAUGUCCACCUAGCCAAAGUAACAUGCUAGAGACGCAAGAGAGUUGCUGUCAGGCAUGUGUGCUGCCUCCAAAGGCCACCACCAUUCAGCAAAAUUGUCAAAACCUGCGCCCUGUUCCCGCAUGUGAGGGCGAGUUUCAUAGACCAGCUAAAGAACGCCUAAUUAAACUAACGGCUCCAUCGACAGAGUUUUCAAAUUCUAACAAAGAAAGUGAAAUGCCAAGUAAAAUUUGCCCAUGUCCCGAUGAAUCAUCAUCAGCGCUGCCUACUAAUGAUUUCAGAUCAGAAAAGACGUCCAAAAAAUCGAAACCUCGGACAGACUCGCAAGUAAACUGCGAGUGCGAUGAUGACGAUAAGAUAAAAAACCCGGAUCCACCAUGUGCCUGUCCUGAAGAUCCAAUUGCAAUACCGUCAUGUUCAAAAGCAACUCCUGUCAAGAAAAAUAAACGUGUAAAACAGCCUACUCUAAAGUGCCUGUGUGAAGAUGAAAGCAUUGACGAUAAACUGCGAGAGGUAACUUGUCCUUGUCCAACACCUUCCAAAUUAGACAAAGUGGUAAAAUAUCCUAAACGCUCCAAAAAAGAAAAAACUGAUAUGAAAUUAUUAUGCUAUUGUCAACCGCUGAAAGAGUGUUCCUGCGGCACAGUGAACGGAGAUGAAGAAAACACCCCUACUAUAAAACCAUUUGAUUAUCAACUUCCCAAAAAAGAGGAGUCGCUAGUCAUACCUGUAUGUUGUCAAGAAGCCACUACUAAAGAGUCAAUUGCUCGUGAAAAGAAAAAUAAAAGUAAGAAAAAAAACCCUGAACUCAUUAAACCAACGCUAGGGGAAGCCGAGUGUGGUGCUUGUAUGGAAUGCUCCACUCCAGAAAAAUCUACAACAGCAAAAGAAAUACGGCAAUCUUCUAAAGAGUCACCUGACAUACCUGUUUGUUGUCAAACGCCUAGAAUAUCUACUAAGGAAACACUCGCGUUGAAAAGAAAACAGGAGGCAAAUAAAAAGAGGAAUAAGGAUAAAAAUACUCAGCUUGUUAGGCAAAAGCCUGAGGAAGCUGAGUGUAACGAUUGCAUCGAAUGUCCCAGUCAAGAAAACUCUGCAACAGCAGUAUCAGAAAUGCAGCAUCGGUUUAGCAACGAAUGCAAGUAUCCAUAUGCAGGGAACUAUGACAGUGAUAUGAGACUCGGCGAUUGUACCACUGUCCAGCAAGUCCCGGUAGGCAGACAACCCAGCAGAUGUGUCAGUGACGAAGCUCAAACUUCGCGACUCUCCAUACACUUGAUACCAAAUUGUUACCCAAUAUUUAUGAAAGUGAUUUGCCCAGAGAAAUUGAAUUGAGUUAACUGUGCUGUGAACCUAUGAAAUAUAAAAGAUUUUAAAUAAAAAAAAUAUUUGAUGA